AUGAAUGAUGAAGAUAAAAUUCUCGAAAACAAAACUGAUAUCAAUAAAGUUAAAAUAAAUUCUUCAUUAUGUUAUAAAUGUAAAAAGCUUAAUGCUGUAAUUUAUACAAGAGAAAAAUCAUGUAAAGACUGCUUUAUAAAACUUGUAGAAUAUACAUUUAAAAAUACAUUAAGAGAAAAAUGUUUAUUUAAAAGUAAAAUAGGGAAUAAUUUUUUAUAUGGAAAAAAAGUUAUACAAAAAAAAAUAAAAGAAGGAGAAAAAGAAGGGAUAUUGAUAGAUAAUAUAAAAAAAAGUAUUGAAGAAGAAAAUGAAAAAUAUGUGUGUAAAAGUAAAGAUAUAAUUAUAGCUAAUAAUAAAAAAAAAAAUACAGCUUUAGCUUUUUCUGGAGAAAUAUGUUCUUGCUUUCUUCUAUUUUUAUUUGUAAAAUAUUUAAAUAAUUUCAAAAAUAAAAAAAACGAUUUGUUUUUAAUGAAUGAACAUUCAAUUUUUACUGAAAUAAUUUUUGUUGAUAUAUAUGAUGACAAAAAAUAUAUAUGUAAUUUGAUAAAUACAAUUGAAAAAAUAUUUGAAAUUUUAAAAGAGAAUGACUUAAAAAGAGAUAUAAAUAAUAAUGAAGAAAAAGAAAAAUUCAUAAACUAUGAAGAAGAAAAAAAUGUUUUUAUGAAUAAUGAUGAUCUCAUAUAUAAUAAUGGAGUGUUUAAAAAAAAAAUAAAUAAGGUUAAUUUUAUAGUAUUAAAAAGUAAUUAUUUUAUAAGUGAUAAUUAUAAAGACCAAUAUACUAUGAAUUAUGAUAUAAUAAAAAAAGAAAAAAACUACUAUAUCAAUUAUAUAAAUCAAAUAAUAAUUUAUAAUAAUAUUAUUAAAUAUUGCAUAAAUGAAAAUAUUAAAUAUGUUCUUUUUGGGAAUAAUGCAAAUAAUAUAUCAAAUAAAUCCUUCUUAUAUACUAUAUUAGGAAAUGGAAUAAAUUUACCUUUAUGUGCAUCAUAUAUUGACAAUAGAUAUAGUGAUAUACAUUUUAUUAAACCAUUAAAAGACUUAUUAAAUAAAGAAAUAUAUAUAUAUUGUUAUUAUAAAAAUAUAAAUUAUUUAAAUAAUACAACAUUUGAUGGAAACAUAUUACAUAAAUCUAUAAAUGAUAUGUUGUCUAAUUUAGAUGAUAAAAAUAACACAACAUCAAUAAUUAAUAAUACUGUAAAUAAUUUAAUUAAUAUGGUAAAUUAUUUCAAUAUUGAUAAUAAUACAAAAAGUUUGGAGAACAAAUAUUUUAAAGGUUUUGAAGAAUCUUCAAAUGAAAAUGAAAAUUUGAAAAAUUAUAAUUUAGCAUCAUGUUAUAUUUGUCUAGGAAAAAAAGAAACAAUAGAAGAAAAAAAUUUUAUAAAAAAAAUGGACAAAAUUCAAUUAUCAAAUAUAAAAAAAAUGAAAUAUACUAAUUUAGUUUGUUCAACUUGUUUGAGUAUAUUUUCAUGUAAUAAUAAUUUUGUAAAUUUUUAUAAUAUUAUUUUACCUUUUAAUACAUUAGUAUUAAAAACAAUAUCUUAG